GUACACUUGAAAUGGUGUUAAUUGGUGAUUGAUUCGUUGUACAGCAACACUUAUUUUCCUGAUUUCCAGAUAACAGCAAAAAGCACUACUGACAUUUCCGAUCACACUAAAUCAAUAUAAAAGCGCAGAUAAGUAUAAGUAGUAUAUACAGUUCAAAAUACAGGGAUGUUAGUAUUUGAUACGUUAUUCAGUUGGUUUACUGUAUGUCUCACUGCAUGGUAUAUAUAUAAAAAAAUAUAUAUGCUGUCUUCUUAACAGUUCAACCGUUUUCAUCCGCGACGUUAUAACUCAAAUAUUGCGAAUUUUACAGAUAGAUCUAUUAAUAACAAUCGAUCUGCUGAAUAAAAGUUAAAAAAGUAUUUACAUUGUUUACAAUGGAAUUUCUAACGGAAAAUAGGGAUAUAGCCUUCUAUUUAUCAAUGCCAAUAACACUUAUUGCCUUAAUAGUUUCAAUGGCCUACUCGCUUCGCAAUAUUAAUCGGCUAUGGACGGUAGGUACGCCGAAACGACAGGAAACUGAGCAGGAAUCUGAGGAGGAAGAGGAAAAUGAAGGUGGAAGAGGAGACGCACCAGAAAUAGACCCAGUUCAGUACUGUGAGCACAUCCAGAGUGAGGUGAAGAAGGCACGGCAACGAGUAGCAUCCAAACACCAGAAGUUGUCAGCAGAAGAGAUGGAGAAAGAACAAGAGAUUCAGCGCAAACAGAUCGAGGAUAUCUUGAAACUUAUGGAGGAAAACGAUGACAAGUUUGGAGAAACUAAACGAGAUGACCUGCAACAACAGAUGAGACUUUAUGUGUGAACAGGAUGCAAUGUGACAAACUACCAUUCAUGAGUGCCUGCCGUACAUGAUCUGACAGUGAAAUAGGGUUCUAAACAUUAAUAUUGAUAAAUCAAACUUACUUCUUGGUCACAUGAAGAAUAACUCCUUUUAGUGGAAGCGGAGACGUUAAGACAAUGCACUCAUCGUUGAUCUAAGUAUUUCAUGUUGUCCUUUUGUGGUAGGAGGGACCAAGUGUGACUCUAGUCAGCUGUUAUUGUUUGUGUUAAAGAUGUAAAAACCAAAAUCCACUUGUGUUUGAUUGUGAUAAAAUGUUGUGUUAUUUGCAAUAUGUUCAUGAAUAUUCUCAUGUAGUUUACUGUAACUGUAGUCAUUAAUGACUCAUACUGCAAUCAAGUUGGAGCCAAUGUGUAUGUUGAGUUUCUUAUAAAUACUAUCCUAUCAGUAAUCUCUCUCCAAAUAGGUCAGAUGAAUUUCAAUAUAAUGCAGCAAAACUCAGGUUACUUUCAUUCUUGGCACUGUGCUUAGAUACAUAAAUAUAAUUGAACAUUAUAAAUGUGUGAAUAUUGUGUUGAUGAAAUCAUUUCAAUUAAUCAUUCUGAUAAAAUCUGAUAUAAAUUAAUUAUGCUUAUGGGAUACUACAGAGUGCAUUUAUAAACUAAAGCCAGAUAGUAUUCUGUUUAUACAAUAAAUCUGCUCACAAUGAGAUAGUAUGAGGGGAGUUGCAGUUAUUAUUUACACAACUGUUUAACUUUAUAGAGCCAUGUUUGUGUUCUGAAUAAAACAUAGGAAAAAAUACAGCUAUUGAAUAGUUUUCUGCACACUAAAAUACUUUGCAUUUUAUCAGAAUGUAUGUAGAAGCAAGUAAUUUGUAUUGAUUUGAUAAUAAUCUCUACAGCUACAGGCUCCAAGCAGUUAUAAUCAGUCACACUUAAUGCUUCAUUUCAUUCCAGCCUAUGGCAUUUAUUCCAAGGUUUUACUAAUGACUUCAUCAUGAUGCAGAUAUUUCAGGACAUUGUUACUUGAAGUUGUGAACUUUAACAGCUAGAUUAGAGCUGCUUUACAUGUAUCUUUCAAGCCAAAACCAUUUUGUGCAUUACAAAUAUAUUUUAAUCUUGUAUGAACCUUUCUACCGUACUCACUUUAAACAAAGCUAGGAAGGGUCUCUUUUAUACUUGGGGAAAAGAAAUCAACUUAAAGAUACCGUAGUUCAAAAUAUUACUAAUAACCAAUAUAUUUCAGUUGUGAUAGAUGUUUUUACCCUUUAUAAAUGGUAAAGGUAACAUUUUUGCCAUGCACAUGGUUGUGGAAUUAUGAGUCUUACAGCUUUUUACAAAUUGUAUAUAUUUAUAAAAAGUAUUAUGUUUACAUAUCUCAGUACCAUAUUUCUGAUACAGACACCUAGCAUUGAUGAAAUAAAACUUUACGAAAAUGUACACUGAUACUUGUAGUUUUGUAUACAUAAUUUUAUUACUGACAAUUGACAUUGUCGGGUAAGUUGUAACCUACAGCAGAACAUUGUAUAUCAAAACCAUAUGUAAUUGCAUAACGGUGUAUAUCAUGUGCUAACUCAUGUAUAUUCAUGGUCAUACAUAACUGAAUCUCAAAAGCGUAGAUCAAUUUCGUGUCAUGUUACUUGUACAACGUUGUGUGUGAAAGUAUCGUGAUAGAUAUUUAUGUAAAUAUCAUACAUUUUUAUAAGAAAGGUUGCAUAUCUUCAUAUAACAGUCAUGUUACAAAUGGGAAGAAUUACAUGUUCAUCAGAUCUUGCAUUUCGGGUCAUAUCAAACAACAUUGUAUCAUUAACUAUGUUGUACUGUUCAGUAUUGUUACUUGUUGCUCUAGUUUCUUUGAAAUAUUGAAUAAAAAGUCA